GGAACAUUUCCUUUUAGAAAAGUCACAAGAGUGAACUAGCCCAUCAGAAGGUAUAUUCUGAAAAACUAAAUACAUUCUAUCCGGGAGUCGUAGUAUAUGAACUGGGUUAUCCAUGGAGUUGACAACAGCACUGGCCGAGGUCACGGACACUAAUUCCAACCUGAGCGGUCGAAAUCACACAUCGGAUCCCUGUUCCCGUGAAAGUGCUCUAAAGACGACAGUGUUUCCCAUUCUCUACUCCAUUCUCUUCAUCCUGGGCCUGUCGCUGAAUGGCCUGGCAGCAUGGGUUUUCCUCAGAAUCCCCAGCAAAUCUCACUUCAUCAUCUACUUGAAGAACAUCGUUGUGGCCGAUAUCAUAAUGACGCUCACCUUCCCCUUUAAGAUCUUCGCCGACUCAAACAUUGCAUCGGUCGGAAUGCGUGUCUUUGUCUGUCGCGUGUCAUCCGUGCUCUUCUACCUCACCAUGUACAUCAGCAUUUUGUUCUUUGGCCUAAUCAGUGUGGAUCGCUGCAGAAAGACCAUGUGGCCUUUUGUUGGCACCAACGCUAGACGCCUGCUGCACAGAAAGCUCCUCGCAGGCGCCAUAUGGACGACCCUCGUGACUAUUUGCCUGCCAAACGUCAUUCUGACUAGUCUUCCAAACAAGUCGGCUCGCUUCAAGUGCAGUGAUCUGAAGACACAGAUGGGACUGCGGUGGCAUGAGGUGGUCAACCAUAUUUGCCAGGUGAUCUUCUGGGGAAACCUUGUGACCGUGAUAAUAUGUUACGCGCUCAUCUCGAAAGAGCUCUACAAGUCUUAUGCCCGAACACGAGCUGGACACGCGACACAGACUGGACAGCAUAAGAAAGUCAGCAUACAGGCAAAUGUCUUCCUUGUGUUGGCGGUCUUCUUCGUUUGCUUUGUACCCUUUCAUUUUGCCCGAGUACCGUACACCAUCAGCCAGACACAAGGAACGCUCUUUAACUGCGUGCAGAAGUUGUUGUUCUUUCAGUUGAAGGAGAGCACGCUGUGGCUUUCCUCCCUCAAUUCUGUGCUGGAUCCACUCAUCUACUUCUUCCUCUGCAAGUCAUUCAGGAGCUCUCUGUUGAACAUCGUCUGUCUGUCGCGUGGAUGCUGCAGAGAUCUCGACACAGACACGGCUCGGAUGAUUGACGAUCGGCAGCUCUCACGGGAACCCACUUUGAAGACACGUUUGCACGGUGGACGGAUUAGCAUUUGGGCACGGAGAUCACGCGGAACUGGAAGAAGCAUUCCCAGAACUAGCACUCCCACGCCUGGCAUCCACUAACCACCGGACCUUGCACCGAGCACUCCAUAUUUCACUUCUAAUAAAUUACCCUGCCGGGGUUAAGAAAACUGCUUGUUGUGUGUGUGUCGUCUCUCCACCCGUCACAUCUGGUGUAGAAUCCUGGCAUAUAUUUUUUUUUAUGGAGAGUAACGACACCAUUUUUUGGCAGGUAUUUUUUUCUUCUCAGACCCUCUCUCUCCCUUCCUGCCACUGGCUGGUAUAAAAUGGAAGAGAUCAUCAGACGGCUCGCCGAAAUCACGGUUCGUCAACAACAGAUGACGCAAAGGCAGAACCGGGCAGAUCUAGCCAUGGAUCAGAUGCGGGAGACGAUUGCGGCAAGGGUUUCUCUACCAGACCCACGGGUAACAGCACAUUCCCUGCUGACAAAGCUGACGGACCAGGAUGAGGUGGAAGCUUACCUCCAUACUUUUGAGGUCAUCGCCACCCGGGAGGCCUGGGAGAAGUCGGAGUGGGUGAGGAUUCUUGCCCCUUUUCUAACCGGAGAAGCUCAGCGGGCUUACUACGCCCUCCCCACGACUGCUAACCAGGAUUAUGAUGCCUUAAAAGCCGAGAUCCUGGCCAGGAUGGGGUUGUCAUCUAUCAGCGCAGCCCAGUUGUUUUCAAAAUGGACGUACGAUGAGAACACCCCUGUUCGGAUACAAGCAGCUCAACUCUCACGUCUUGGAGAGCUCUGGCUUCUCACGGACGGACCCACGGUCGCCCAGGUAGCCGAACGGGUGGUGAUGGACCGCCUCUUGAGGGCGCUACCACGCAGAUACCGCACCAGUGUCAGCAUGCGGGGACCCACUACGUUGAGGGAACUGAUUGAGGCGGUGGAGCUGGCAGAGGCAUCGGCAAACCGCGAUGCUGGAGAGAGAGUGGUUCUGGGGCCCCGGCGGGUAAACCCGGCCUGGCGACCAUCGGAGGGCACCUCCCGACCAGGUAACAGACCCGCGGCCCCCUCACUGGUGGAUGAGCCCAUGCCCACGGAGCCGGGAUCUCCAGCACCACGCGCCUGGAUGGCCGGUUGUGCUAUCCAUCAACUGGCCCAACCUGGAGCCCCUCAACGACUGGUCAGAGUAAACGGGCGAGCCGUUACAGCGACUCUGGACUCCGGCAGUGCCAUCACCCUGGCGCGGCCCGACGUUGUGGCACCGUGUACGGGUGGUAAGUUAACAGUUCCAGUUACCUGCAUCCACGGGGACACACGGGAAUUCCCCGCUCGUCGUCGGAUUGCACACCUGAUUGCAUUGCUGCCGGCGGCUAGUUUGUAUCCUCUGACACUUGCUUCACAUCACAUUUGUUCCUGGUCUAAAUAUUAGUGUAUUUUA